AUGUCUGACUACAAGCCCACUGAGAACGACGGCCUCCGCAAGGACGGUCAGCCAGACCAGCGCGUCGGCACCGGCCAGUUUGCCCAGGGCAAGGUCGACCCCGUCGAGGCUGGCAAGAAGGGUGGUGAGACUGGCGGAUCUACCGGUGGCUCUGCCUCCGGUGGCAGCGGUGGCGACGACUACAAGCCAACUGAGCAUGGAGGACUUCGCCAGGAUGGCCAGCCUGACGGUCGUGUGAAGGGCAACUAA